ACACACACACACACACACACACACGUGCGCGCGCGCUCUGUCUCGCAGGCACGCACCCUCACGCACACACCUAGAUUCAAUGACUAGAUAGGCGGCAGCCUGCAGUCGGACGAGCCCUUGCCUGUUAAGUUCUGUGCCUUGUCGUCAGCUCUCCGAAAUCCUAACACAGGGAGGGAAACCCCGGCCGCGGAGCAGGCACAGUCACACCCAUGGUCACGGUGCCAUCAGAGCAAAGCUGGAAGCAAAACAACAGAGUUACUGAACAUCAUGGCAUCUAUCGCAGCUUACUAUGCAGGAAAAAAUGUGCUCAUUACUGGAGCCACUGGCUUCAUGGGCAAGGUGCUGGUGGAGAAGCUUCUGCGUUCCUGUCCUGACGUGAAUGCCAUCUACAUCCUUGUGAGGCCAAAGGCGGGCAUGUCUAUGCAGGAGCGGGUGGAUGACAUGAUGAAGUGCAAGCUCUUUGAUCGUGUGAGAGAGGACCAUCCUGAUUUCCACAAGAAGAUCAUACCUGUCAGUAGUGAGCUUACCCAGCCCAACCUAGCCAUCAGUCCAAAGGAUGCAGAGAUGCUGACUUCCUGCAUCAAUAUAGUGUUCCAUUGUGCAGCAACAAUACGCUUUGAUGAGCCACUGAAGCAUGCCUUGCAGCUGAAUGUGAUCGCAACACAACAGCUCCUGGCGCUCGCCCGCCAAAUGCAGACACUUGAGGCCUUCAUUCACAUCUCUACUGCCUAUGCAAACUGUAACCGAAGACACAUCGACGAGGUCAUCUACCCCCCGCCUGUGGAGCCCAAGAAGCUCAUCGAUUCGGUGGAGUGGAUGGAUGAAGGCAUCAUCCGGGAUAUCACCCCUCGUCUGAUCGGAGACCGGCCUAACACAUAUACUUACACCAAAGCCCUGGCAGAAUAUGUGGUGCAACAGGAAAAUGGAAAACUGAACAUUGCCAUCAUCAGGCCAUCAAUAGUAGGAGCAAGCUGGCAGGAGCCAUUCCCCGGCUGGAUCGAUAACUUCAAUGGACCAAGUGGACUUUUUAUUGCAGCAGGGAAAGGGAUUUUGCGGACCAUGAGGGCUACUAAUGACGCCGUGGCUGACCUGAUUCCUGUGGAUGUGGUCGUUAAUCUUACAUUGGCAGCUGGCUGGUACACGGCAGUGCAAAGACCAAAGUCAGUAUUGGUGUACAAUUGUACAACUGGUGGGAUUAACCCUUUUCACUGGGGGGAGAUCGAGUAUCUUGUAAUUUCCACCUUCAAGAGAAACCCCCUGGAGCAAGCCUUUAGAAGACCAAAUGCAAACAUCACAUCCAACUAUUUGAUAAACCAGUACUGGAUUGCAGUCAGCCAUAAAGCCCCAGCGCUGAUUUAUGACUUUUAUCUGAGGUUAUGCGGACAGAAGCCCAGGAUGAUGCGGAUUUUCAAUCGACUUCACAAAUCCAUGAUGCUUCUCGAGUACUUCAGCAGCCAGUCAUGGGAGUGGAAUUCCGAUAACAUGAACAUGCUGAUGGCUCAGCUUAGUCCUGAAGACAAGAAGACUUUUAAUUUUGAUGUUCGCCAGCUGCAUUGGCCUGAGUACAUCGAGAACUACUGCAUUGGCACUAAGAAGUAUGUCCUCAAUGAAGACAUGUCUGGACUUCCAGCUGCAAGGCAGCACCUCAAAAAGUUGAGGAACAUUCGCUACGCCUUCAAUACCAUCCUGCUGGUGUUCAUUUGGCGCAUCUUCAUUGCUCGAUCGCAGAUGGCUCGCAAUAUUUGGUACUUUGUGGUCAGCCUCUGCUAUAAAUUCCUGUCCUACUUUAGGGCAUCCAGCACACUUCGGCACUGAUGGCUACCAGGACAAACCGACCCUGCCUGCCAGAAUCCGUUGAUCCUUUUUCAACUGGACUAUCUGUGCUGUAUCCUGUCAAUCACCAUCCAUUCGAACCCCCCACCCUCACCUCAGCCGGAGAUGCUUGUCAUUUUUCAGAAAUAAAAGGUUUAAACAUAA